CAGCAAACAGCUCACUCUAAGAAGAGGCACGCGCGGCCACCUGGCAGGCGGAGAAGCGCGAUCGGGAGCGCGAGAGAAGCGCGCGACCACAAACUGCACCUGCAGCAGAGACUCGUGCACAGAUAGUGAUUUUUGGAGAUUUGUUGUUGUUGUUGUUUUUAUCUUGUUGUUUUUAUCCGAGCGCUCGGUUCGGGAAGCGAAAGCCAGCGGAGGGAGCAGGAGGGGGAGCAGAAGUUUUUUCAGCCGGACUGAGCUCGCGCUGUUGGGAGAGGAAGGGGGGGCCGAGGAUCGACAGGAAUGUCCCAGAAGGAGAGACCCGCUUUCUACAGACAGGAGCUUAAUAAAACCAUAUGGGAGGUACCUGAGAGGUACCAGAACCUCGCUCCGGUCGGCUCCGGCGCGUAUGGAUCUGUGUGCUCGUCGUAUGACGUAAAGACGGGCCUGAAGGUCGCCGUGAAGAAGCUGUCUCGACCUUUCCAGUCCAUCAUCCACGCCAAGCGCACCUACCGAGAGCUACGGCUGCUCAAGCACAUGAAACAUGAGAAUGUUAUUGGCCUGUUGGAUGUGUUCACACCUGCCACCACGCUCGAGGAAUUCACAGAUGUAUACCUGGUGACUCACUUAAUGGGCGCCGACCUCAACAACAUCGUCAAAUGCCAGAAGCUGACAGACGACCAUGUGCAGUUCCUCAUCUAUCAGAUUUUGCGUGGCCUAAAGUACAUCCAUUCAGCAGACAUCAUCCACAGAGACCUGAAGCCCAGUAACCUAGCUGUAAAUGAAGAUUGUGAGCUUAAGAUUCUGGACUUUGGCCUGGCGAGACAUACGGAUGAUGAGAUGACGGGCUAUGUGGCCACGCGAUGGUACCGUGCACCUGAGAUCAUGCUCAACUGGAUGCAUUAUAAUAUGACAGUGGACAUCUGGUCUGUGGGCUGCAUCAUGGCCGAGCUUCUCACUGGACGGACCCUGUUUCCUGGCACUGAUCAUAUAAACCAGCUCCAGCAGAUAAUGCGCCUGACUGGAACUCCUCCAGCCUCACUAAUAAGCAGGAUGCCCAGCCAUGAGGCCAGAAACUACAUCAAUUCUUUGCCGCACAUGCCAAAGAGGAACUUCGCAGAUGUAUUCAUAGGUGCCAACCCAUUAGCUGUGGACUUGCUGGAGAAGAUGCUGGUUUUGGACACGGAUACACGGAUCACAGCGUCAGAGGCGCUGGCGCACCCGUACUUCGCGCAGUACCACGAUCCAGACGACGAGCCUGAAGCUGAGCCGUACGACCAGAGCUUCGAAAGCCGAGAGCUAGACAUCGAAGAGUGGAAGAGGCUGACAUAUGAGGAAGUCCUCAGCUUUGAGCCCCCAGUGUUUGAUGGAGAUGAGAUGGAGUCAUGAGUCUUUUCUUGCUUCCUGGAGCGACAGAUGCUGCCUCAUAACCACCUUUCAAACUGAAAAAAACCACAUGCACACACCAAACACAUACACAGCAUGACAUUAAAGGAACAGUCUGACCAAAACCGUUAAUGCUCCCCAUGAAUGGACGCUGUGGCCUUAGUGUAGGACCUUGCUCACCAGGGGCCAUCGGCUUCCGUUAGUAGUUUAGGAUUAUUACUGUCGCUUGGUCACACUGCUCCUUUAAAAGUGCCUGUGCCAUUAUUCAAUACUGGUUUCCUAAUCAUCAAAGACUAUUUACAGGUGGAGAACACACACACAUGCCUCCACUAUGGACACUGAGAAUGUAGAGUAUUACUGAGUAAUAUUUUUUUUCUCUGUUGCUGUUAUUGGCUCUGUUUUCUUUCUAUCGGUUUUCACUUUUUAACUGUCAUUUUAAAAUGAUAGUCUAAUUUUCAUAAGAAAUAUUAUUAUUUAAAUGUAAAGUUUGGGGCGGGAGGGGGAGAGGCGAAGGAGUCAUAUCUGUGUAGUUACAACAAUUUUUGUCACAAAAAAACACAUCCCCACUUUCGGCCGGUACAGUAACAAUGGCCAUGCAGCAUUCUUAAACGAGACACGGUAGUGUUUUUAGAGCUGUAAAUAAAACAUUAUGAUUCUGUUUUUUUUGUGUGUGUAAAUAAAUGAGAUUGUGUCGGAGUGUUAGUUUUAAAGGAGAUCCAUCUGCUGUUGUUCAUCCAGGAAAGGAAUCAAUCAGUGAAUGUAAAAUAGACUGUGGGAUUUGAGGGAUGAGCUCAUUAAGAGUCUGUGCAUCAACACAGUCCCUUUAUCGCUUAAGCAGCAUAGGAUUCUGGAUGGUCCAUGUUUUUGCUCCUUACCAGCUCCAGCCCUCUAAAUUACGCUCAUUUUGAGCUGGAAUGGAUAGUAGUUUGGAUAACACCAUGCAACUGCUACAAUAUACUUUGUUCUUCCAAAUUCUAGAAAGUAGUGCUUGAUAAGCAAAAGAAUGUCUGGCUUCCUUCUUACUCACAGGCUGCAGGUUGAUUGUGGGAUUUAAUUUUUUUCUAUUUAUAAAUAUGAAAAUUUACCACAUUCAAGUUGCAUCAUACAUUUGUUUCAGGUACCAUCCUUAAAUGAAAUGUGCACCUGCCAUCUGUCUUACAGCCUGGCUGUUUGGCCUUUUUUUUUUUUGUGCUGUAUCAUAUUUAUUUAUAUUGUUUUUCAUAAUGUGGAAUUUAAACAGAACACUGCUCGGUCAGUCAAAUGGGUAAACAACACUGUGCCAAGUGUUUAGCAGAGUCACUAUAGUGCAAUCGUAACUCUGGGUGUCCUGUAACGUUAAAUCUUUGCCAGGAUGCUUUUAAUAAAAAAAUAAAAAAAUAAAAAAAGCAGCUCGAUUAUUCUCAUUUGCUGUUUUUUUUUUUUAAACAGGUCUCGGUGCUGCUCGAGACUGUCAAUCUGAGCCAAAAUCUGUGUGUGAUCCAAUUUAAGCACAGAAGACCAAACUCCAAUAAUGUGGGUACAUCCUAACCCCUGUACUACUUCUACUGAAUAGGACGAGACAGAAAUACAGAAAUACAUACAUACUAUACCUGCAUACAUGCGAGUGUCAUACUUUUAGAUAUUCCAGUUAAUGGGGCUUGGGACACAGACUUUCUGAUUUUCUUUCCUUUUCUUUUCUGAACACAGUAAACCGUGCCAGCAUCUAACUUAUUAUAUUAGUAAUAUUUGUUAAGAUUAUUUUGAGUGUGUUUUCCAUGGUGUAUAUUCUGAAUUUAAUUUUAGCAAGAUUCUGUUUUAAGCAUGAUUAGCAAUGCGUGAGGGAAUUUAAGGCUGUUUUUGUAUGUUUACAAUAAUUCAUUAAAAAUCACCAAAGUGGUCAGUCACACACCAGGUUAUCCAAACUGUGUUGUUUUCAUGUGGUCUCUUUGUAAUUACAAAAGGAAAGACACGGAGUCCUUUUGUACCACUUGGCUAAUCCAUCAGUGCAAGCAGCUAACAACCUGUAAACCACUGGUAGUACAAUAAAGGCGAUUAUUAUUUUUCAA